CCCUGGGGAGGGCGCAGUUGGCUCUGGCAGGUCCCAGACACCUGUCCCCCCUCCACCCCACCCCCGCAUCCCACGGUGUCAACUUCCCGGGCUGCUCGGGUUCCCGGAUCCCCUUACCCCGGGCGGCUCGCCUCUCCCUGGGCCUGUGUGGGGGAGGGAGGGUUGCAGGAAGCGGAGGAUCCGGCUGCAGCGGGGGCCAGGGUGGGUGUCCGAGCUGCUAGGCCAUGGAGAACGCUGCACCCUGCGAGCCCGGGGCCGCGGAGCCUCCCGCAGCCCGCACGAGGCCGCGCCUGGUGUUCCGCACGCAGCUGGCGCACGGCAGCCCCACGGGCCGGAUCGAGGGUUUCACCAACGUCCGCGAGCUCUACGCCAAGAUAGCGGAGGCCUUCGGUAUCUCGCCCACCGAGGUGAGCACCCAGCACCUCGAAACAACACCCUGCACCGGACCCCCGGGUCCCGGAGUCGAGAUUUUAUUCUGCACCCUCAAUAGCCACAAAGUUGAUAUGCAGAAACUUCUAGGGGGCCAGAUAGGGCUGGAAGACUUUAUCUUCGCACACGUACGAGGAGAGACUAAGGAAGUGGAGGUCACGAAGACGGAGGAUGCGCUGGGACUGACCAUCACAGACAACGGGGCGGGAUACGCCUUCAUCAAGGUGCAUCCAGCGUGCGUGGGUGGGGACUCCAUCCCUGGCCCUCUGGGGUCUAAGGAGAGAAUCAAGGAGGGCAGCAUCAUCAACAGAAUCCAGGCCGUGUGUGUGGGUGACAGCAUUGAGGCCAUCAAUGACCAUUCCAUCGUGGGCUGCCGGCACUACGAGGUGGCCAAGAUGCUUCGAGAACUGCCCAAAUCCCAGCCCUUCACCCUGCGCCUGGUACAGCCCAAGAGAGCCUUCGAUAUGAUUGGUCAGAGGAGUCGGAGCAGUAAGUGGCCAGUGGAAGCUAAAGUGAGCAGCGGGAGAGAGACCCUGCGCCUGCGCUCUAGGGGCCCAGCCACAGUGGAGGAAGUGCCCAACGACUUUGAGGAGGAGGCGUCCCGCAGGGUGGAUGACCUGCUGGAGAGCUACAUGGGCAUCAGGGACCCCGAGCUGGGUAAGGGGCCAGGCGGCCACCAUGGUGGAGACGUCCAAGAAGACGGCGGGCGUGCAGGCGUUUGCUCGCUGCUUAGACUCCGUCUUGGGCGAGUUCGCCUUCCCGGACGAGUUUGUGGUGGAGGUGUGGGCGGCCAUCGUGGAGGCUCGCGAGGCCUGUGGCUAGUGUGUCCCCGGGUGCGCAGCCCCAGCCCGGAGCCCAGCUCUCCGCAGCAGCCCUGUUCCAGAGCCCAGCCCCGGCCCAGCGCCAAGGCACAGCCCUGCUCUAGACCUCAGGACCGACCGGAAACCCAGCCCAGAACCCAGCCUGUCCCAGAGACCCAGCCCAGAACCCAGCCUGUCCCAGAGACCCAGCCCAGUACCCAGCCUGUCCCAGAGAUCCAGCCCAGUACCCAAUCUGUUCCAGAGACCCAGCCCAGUACCCAGCCUGUCCCAGAGACCCAGUCCAGAACCCACACCCACACUGAGACCCAGCCCAGAACCCAGGCCCACCCUGAGACCCAGCCCAGAACCCAGCCUGGCCCAGAGACUAAGCCCAGCUCUAGAACCCAGGUUGGCUCUGAAGCCAAGCUUUAUUCUAGAAUCGAAGGAAGCUCUGAAGCCCAGCCUGGCUCUGGGACCAAGCCUCAUUCUAGAAUUCAGGGUGAGGCCCAGUUCAGUUCUAGAACCCAAAGCAGGUCUGGUAUCAAAUUUAGCCCUGAGACCAAGCCCAUUUCCGGAACCCAGCCUACUUUGGAGGCCAAACUUGGAAUCCUUGGGAGCUCUGAUAUGAAGCCUGGCUCUGAGCCUAAGCCCUGUUUCAGAACCCAGACUUGGCCUGACAUCAAAUUCAGCUUUGAGGCCCAGCCCAGCCCUAGAACCCAGCUUGGAUCUGAGGCCAAGCUUUGUUCUAGGCCUCAAGCCAGCUCUGAAGUCGAGACUAGACCUGAAACCCAGCCCAGUUCUAGAACCCAGGACACUUCUGAGAUCCAGCCCGACUCUAGAACCCAAUCCUGUUCUAGAACCCAGCCCCCUCCUGACAUGAAGCCAUGCUUCAGAGCCCAGAUGGCCUCUGAAGCUAAGCUUAGGUCUAGAAUUCCAUCAAGCCCUGCCAUCCAGCCAAGUUCUGGAAGCCAGACAAGUUUUAAGACCCAGUUCAGCACAGAUCUGGAAUGCAGUUCUGGAGUGCAGCCCAACCCUGAGACCAAGCUCGGUCAUGAAACUAGAGCUGCAGGCACCACUAUGGCCCCAUCUUCUUUGGCCCCUUGGAGUACCUCCUUGGCCCCUCGGAGCAAUUCAGAGAGUCCAGCUCUCCUGGCACUCCAGGUCAGGUCCACCAAGCUGCCUGAUAAUGGAAGUCAAGGCCACUCCAGAAGCCAGCCAUCUUCUAGACCUCUGGACAGCUCAGGACAUCAGGUCCAUUCUGCCCCACAGUCCAGACUCAGCCCUCAGUCCUGUACCCCAGCCGAGCCACUCCCCAGCACCUCCCACUGCCCUGCAACCCAGUCAGGCUCCAGUGACAAAUGGAGCUCUGAGACUGAGCCUGGUAACAGAAUGCAGCCCAGUGUGACAGGCAGGCCCAGCUCCAGAGGCCAGAAAUCCUCACAACCACCACCCACCCCUGAAGCAAGGCGCAGCUCCAGAGUGCAGCUAGUCAGCUCUGGAGCAGAGCAGGCCAGUUCCAGAACACAGUCAGACUCUGGGACCCAGACAGACUUCCAGGGCUGGCCUGGUUCCAGAGCCCAGCUUGAUUCAGGGGUCCAUGUGUGCUCUGAAAACUUUUCCAGAUCUAAUGCAGAACCACUGGCAGGGACAGGGCCAAGCUCCAGAACUCUGUCUAGAGCUGAAGGCAGGGUGGGCACCGUUCCCCAGCCCUGCAUGGAUGCUCAAGCCUCUCUGGAGUGUCCACCUAGCCCUCCGGUCUCACCUAGCUUCAGAAAGCAGCUCCAGAGCACAGCUGGAUCCAACCACAUUCCCCAACUGGGUUCUAGAACCCAGUGCAGCCCCAGUGGUCCACUGAACACCAAGCCCGGCUCUGGAGUGCUUCUCAGCUCUGCCAGGCCCUUUAGCUCCAUAGUCCAGUCUGCUUCCAGAUUCGAACCCAGCUCCAGAGCCCAGGUUCUUUCUGGAACACAGGUCACUUCAUCAGUCCAGCUCAGCUCUAGAAGCAGGCACUGCCCACAGUCCCCUGGCCUUGACACUACAACCCAGCCUGAUCUGCCUGCCCCAGCCCUCCCUCAGUCCCUAAGUCCAACCCCCAGAAUCCUAACCCCAGCCCCUGGCCAAACUCCUGAACCUCUGCCCAUGAUGGAGCCCAGGCUGGCCCCAGCCCAGCACUAGGCUUUCCAGGCUCCCACCUGGACCCCAGGCCCCAUGUCCCCACCAGCCCCAAGAAGCCAGCCCUGUCCUCCAAACCCCAGCUAGGACCCCACAAGCCCACCUCUCUCAGGGUAUCUGUCACCCCCAGUCCUGUUUCCAGAGCAGGGCUCAGUCUCUCCCCUGUGCCUGGGCUGCUCCCCAACCUUGAGUAGCUGGGAUGGGAUAUUCUGGGGGGUUCCCAUCCUUCUGCCCCUCCCAGCCCAGUGGACUUGUCCCCAGCAGGAGGAGAGGAGGGUGGAAGCUGAGGCUUGGGUUUCAGCUGGCUGAGAUCUAGUCACAGAGGGGAUAGGGAGGGAGGUGCACACAGGGACCAGACAGUGAAUAAAGGCACCUUGCACAUCCA